UGCGCGGGGCCACCGGGCACCUUGGGUUCCCGGCGCGGCUCUCAGGUGACCGCGGUGUGCGCCGCCCGCGUCUCCGCAGGUUGCCGCGCCUCGCCCGCGCUCGGAGCUCCAGCCAUGCUGUUCUGGCACACGCAGCCCGAGCACUACAACCAGCACAACUCGGGCAGCUACCUGCGGGAUUUGACUAGUGCUCUUCAAAGGGAAAAUGAUGUGCUUGCGCUGCCCAUCUUCAAGCAGGAGGAGCCCCAGCUGUCCCCAGAGAACGGGGCCCGCCUGCCGCCCCUGCAGUACGUGCUGUGUGCUGCCACAUCACCAGCGGUGAAGCUACAUGAGGAGACCCUGACCUACCUCAACCAAGGUCAAUCAUAUGAAAUCCGACUGCUGGAGAACCGGAAGUUGGGAGACUUUCAAGAUCUGAAUACAAAAUAUGUCAAGAGCAUCAUUCGAGUGGUUUUUCAUGACCGCCGGCUGCAGUACACAGAGCAUCAGCAGCUGGAGGGCUGGAGGUGGAGCCGGCCAGGGGACCGCAUCCUGGACAUUGAUAUUCCACUGUCUGUUGGUAUCUUGGACCCCAGGGCCAGCCCAACCCAGCUGAACGCAGUUGAGUUCUUAUGGGACCCUGCAAAGAGGGCAUCAGCAUUCAUUCAGGUGCACUGUAUCAGCACGGAGUUCACCCCCAGGAAGCACGGGGGCGAGAAGGGAGUGCCGUUCCGGGUGCAGAUCGACACGUUUAAGCAGAAUGAGAAUGGGGAGUACACGGAGCACCUGCACUCAGCCAGCUGCCAGAUCAAGGUGUUCAAGCCAAAGGGAGCUGACCGGAAACAGAAGACAGACCGGGAAAAGAUGGAGAAAAGAACCGCUCAAGAGAAGGAGAAGUACCAGCCGUCCUAUGAAACCACCAUCCUCACAGAGUGCUCGCCAUGGCCGGAUGUGGCGUACCAGGUGAACAGUGCCCCGUCCCCGAGCUACAAUGGCUCUCCCAACAGCUUCGGCCUUGGAGAAGGCAACAGCUCGCCGACCCACCAGGUGGAGGCCCUGCCCAUGGGCAGUGAUCACCUGCUGCCAUCGGCCUCCAUCCAGGAUGCCCAGCAGUGGCUCCACCGCAACAGAUUCUCACAGUUCUGCCGCCUCUUUGCCAGCUUCUCAGGUUCUGACUUGCUGAAGAUGUCCAGAGAUGAUCUGGUCCAGAUCUGUGGCCCUGCAGAUGGAAUCCGGCUGUUCAACGCCAUCAAAGGCAGGAACGUGAGGCCGAAGAUGACCAUUUAUGUCUGUCAGGAGCUGGAGCAGAACCGAGCGUCCCUACAGCAGAAGCGGGAUGGCAGCGGUGACAACAGCCUCUGUGUGUACCAUGCCAUCUUCUUGGAAGAGCUGACUACCUUGGAGCUGGUUGAGAAGAUCGCCAACCUGUACAGCAUCCCCCCCCAGCACAUCCACCGAGUCUACCGGCAGGGCCCCACGGGCAUCCACGUGCUGGUGAGCAAUGAGAUGGUACAGAAUUUCCAAGACGAAUCUUGUUUUAUCCUCAGCACGUUGAAAGCUGAGAGCAAUGAUGGCUACCACAUCAUCCUGAAAUGUGGACUCUGAGUAGCAGUAGACUCCCAGCCCCACGAACCCCUUGGAUGUAGAAACUGCACCACUGCCAGCUGUGAUCUUACCUGGCAAGCUGAAGCUAGGAGGGACCCUGCCCACUCCAUGAAAGCUACAGACCACCAACCAGCAGAAACCUGUGGACACAAAGUCUGGCAUGCAGAAAACUGAUGGCUUCUCUCUCCCUUCCUCUCAGCCUCCAGUUUUUGAAUGGUUCCUUGUUCUUUUCCCUCCUGACCUUGACAUUCUAAAGAGACAAAGCCCCAUGUCCCUUAGGUAGAGGCUCAUUGGGAAUCUUGGUACCAUUUGUGUUGUCCCUUUUGAUCGCUCUCCUGCCUUCAGAGAAAGCUUUGCCCUGCUUGCGCCGUCACUUCCCUGCAUAGCUGGCUUCAUGCCCAGUGCUGCUGGCUCUUUAGGGUCAUUUUGCCCCAUUCUCCUGUCUCAUUUUAUUUCCCUCUCAGUGACCCUGGUGGGCAUCUCUCUCUCCCCAUUCUUGGAUGAAUUGGUGGGAGUGAUGUCAUUCUGUGCCUUCUCCCUCUUUUACCUUCACCAUAUUUCUUUUUUUUAAAAAAAGAAAAUAACAAUAUUUAAUACACUGUGUAUCAUCUUCAAAGUAGUUACUCAGAGAUGAUAUUGAUAAAAAAGGUUCUCUCUUGCAAAGAAGAAAUGAACAGAUAAUAGCACAAAACUUUCUUUUCAAUGAACUAAAAGGGAGUUUCUCUUAGUUUACCAUGUUCCUAAUAAUCUGUUGCUGCAAACCCCAGAGAUAUGCUUGUGUGUAUGUACAUUGGCAUGAUAGACACUGCAGUGUAUGUGUCUGUCCUGUCUCAUGAAUGCUAAUUCUGAAGUGACCUAGGAGUUGGGAGGUAGGUGAGAAUAUAAAGACUUUCUUCAGGUAUAUUUUUAUGAGUAGAGAAGGCAUGAAAAACAGAUGAUUCCUCUUGACCUACUUUGGUAUAGUAUUUUUAUCUCUUAAGCAAUCAUGGGUAAGCAGGACAAGGAAAUAAGCAUUCCACUGUAUCAUUAGAUGACCUUGACCAUCACAGUAUCAGACCCUUUAGCAUGGUCUGACAAACUCCCAUUUAGAGAAGUCUAUGACUGACCACUGGCUAACCACAGUUCCUUAAGGACACUGGAUUUUCUACUGGGCAAGGCUCUUGAGUUUUUAAUCUUUUUUCAUUUGUAGGGGAUAUGGUUAGGGUACUUUGCAUUGGAAAGAUUGGGUCGCCUUUCUUAACUGUGGGGAAAUAUGAGUAUCAGUAACUUUGACAGACUCAAGAAUUAGGUUUUGUCUUUCCUCUGGGUCUUGGGAUCCAGUGAUCAGUAUGAGCCCAGGGCUUCAGCUCUUUGCUAAUUUGGGUUCAUCUUGCAAUUCCUGGUGAACUUUGUGGCCACCAAAGUAUGCUUUUACAGCUUCUAAAAUGGAGCUUUUGUGGAAUACAGCAUAGUGCAAGGUUCAAAGAUUGUUAGAAUGUGGUAUACCUUGUUGUACAUAUGGGGAAAUAUAUGAGGUCCAGAGGGGCAAAGCCCCCUAUGUAAUAUCACAUACCAGGAUCUUUCUGAGAGUAAAAGGGAUCCAUUAGUAAUUAUAUUGGGUCAAGAGUCAUGCUACUCCUGCAGAGUGAAGACAGGACCUGACCCUUUGUUUUUUAGGAGAGAAAGAGGGAUUGGAUUAACAGCUUUAUUGACAUAUAAUUCACAUACCAUGCAGUUCCCCUACUUAUAGUGUACAGUUCUGUGGUUUCAGGUAUAUUCAUGGAAUUGCAUCAAUUUUAGAAUAUUUUCCUGGCCCCCAAAAGAGACCCUGUGUCCUUGGCUAUCACUUUCCUCAACUUCCUCAGACCUAAGAAGUCUACUUUUUAGGUAGAUUUCCCUAUUCUGGACAUUCUGUGUAUAUAGAAUCGUACAAUAUGGUCUCUUACGACACGCUUCUUUUACUUAGUGUGUUUUCUAGGAUCAACCAUAUUGAACGUGUACCAGUACUUCAUUUCUUUAUAGCACCAAAUGACAUUUCACUGUAUGGAUGUACCACAUCAGUUGAUGGACAUUUUGGACAUUUCUACUUUUUGGCAAUUAUGAGUAAUGCUGCUAUGAACAUAUUUGUACAAGUUUUUGUGUGGACAUAUAUUUUCAUUUCUUUGGGGAAUAGAAUAGGAGUGGAGUUACCUGUUCAUAAUAGUAACUCUGCGCUUCACUUUUCAAACAACUGGUGGGAUGUUUUCCACAGUAGCUGUAGCAUUUCACAUUCCUGCUUGCAGACUGCAUCCUCACCAACACUUGCUGUUAUCCAUCUUCUUUAUCAUAAUAUCGUAGCAAGUGGUAUCUCAUUGUGUUGAUUUGCAUUUCCCUGGUGGAUUUUCUUGUGGUUACUGACAUUUGUGUACCUUCUUUGGGAAAAUGUCUGUCUGGGCCCAUUGUCCAUUUUUAAAUCAGUCUUUCUAUUAUUGAAUUGUAUGAGUGGUUGCUAUAUGUGAGAUGCAGUGCCUUUAUCAGAUAGUGCUUUGUAAAAUUUUUCUCUAUUCUGUAUAUUAACUUCAAUUUCUUAAUAGUGUCCUGUGAAGCACCAAAGAUUUUAAUUUAGAUGGUGUCCAAAUUACCAAUUUUUGGUUCUGUUGCUUGUGCUUUUGGUGCCAUAUCUAAGAAACCACUGCCUUAUCCAAGGUCAGGAAGAGUUAGGUCUAUGUUUUCUCCUAAGAGUUUUUGUAGUUUUAAUUCUCACAAUGGGUUUUGAUUAUUCUGAGUUAAGUUGUGUAUAUGGUGUGGGGUAGGAGUCCAACCUCGUUCUUUAAUGUUGGAUAUCCACUUGUACUAAUGGUUGUUGAAAAGACUAUUCUUUCCCCAUGGAGUUGUCUUGGCAUCCCUGUUAAAGGUCCCUGGUUCUUGCUGGAUCCUUCUUUGUGGGGCCUGCUACUGCAGUUGGGAAGCUCACCUUUUCUCCCUCUCAGUCUGUGUUUGGUUCCACUAUCUUUACAACUGCUUUGCUGUUGUAUUCUUGUGCUCUCUUCUUCACCUGUCUCAACAAUACUGGAUCCACGUCACUCUGUUCCAGCACAGCUCCUAGUCCUGGUGAAAGGUCAAGACUACUCAUUUCCUUUUUUGGAAUCAUGAAGAAACAGAGUUAUAUGGAAGUGGAAUAAUUCACUCAAGGUCACGCUUCCUCUUAGUGGAACAAUUGGGACUACACUUAAUUUUUUGACCCUUAACCCUUCAGGGUGUCUGUAACUGUCAUACCUAAGUGAUGCCACUACCCAGGCCAAGGGACAGCCAGCUACAUUUUAAUUCAAAGAAAUGUGAGAGCUUGGUAUUUUUACUUCAUAAUUCCAAAAGAAGGUCUAAUAAAGGUCUGUUACCAGAAGACUGCUGUUUAUCAUCUUUCUUUCUUUGACAUGCGCGCUGGUGUCAGCUUUCUUUGCCUUCCAGUGGUUAUAGUUAAAUCUUGUAGCUUGCAAAAGAGAAAUACCAAAAGAGUACAAAUAGUAAUUUAGAACCAAAAUGGCUCAGCUGCCUGUUAAUUCAGCCACUUUCCCUUCCAUGGGAGUCAGAUGAGCUAAAGCUGUAGGUUUUAUUUUUCAUUUAUUACAGCACAGAAAAGCCUUAGCACUCUUGUCCAGUGUCUUUCCUGGGAGCUCUGAGUCCAGGGACCUGGGCCUGGUGGGUAAACAAGCUCUUGGUAGGCCCUCUCUGCCACCCCCACCGUGUGUUCUAGGCUUGGCUUCUUGGAGGCAGCAGCUUUGAAAAGUGAACUCCAGGGAAUGAAAGAUACACCUUGUAUCUCAACCCUGCUCGUCUCACUGCCCAGGCUGUCAUCUUGAACUGGAAGCUGAAGCUGAGUUCUUUGCUGUUAGGCCAAUGGGCUAGCCUGGAUUGCAAGGUCAGGAUAAAUCUUCCCCUGUUUACCAGGUUUCACCUUUAAUAAGGAGACAGAGGCUGUUGAGUGGGGAAUAAUAGGAUUUGCUGGGGGAAGGGGCCGUGUGCCUUUGAAAGGAACAGCAUGGGGUGAGGAGUUCGAAGUCCUGGCUUGGGGUCCUAAGCGAAGGGUGGCUGUUGCCUGAGUGACCUCUUGCCUAGUCAGCCUCAGCCCCUUAAGCAGAGUUGUUAACUUAGAGAGGGCUUUACCGGGAACAUGCUGGAGUCCUGCAGUGUGUCACAAGUUUCCAAGUCCAUCGUUGCUCACCGGGCUGGCCUGAGUCACUGAAGCCUUGAAAAUCAUUAACAACUUGGUAGAAUAAAUGGAAAAGACUCUUUUCCUGUUGUCUGUGGAACAGAGGGAGAAAACGCCAGGCUUGCAAAGAAGUAGAGAGAGCCAAAAGAAGAGUGGGGAAUCUAAUGUUUGCACUGCCUGAGGUGCAGCAGCAGGGAUGGGGCCGUGACUCAGGGGUCCUGGGCAUGCUGCUGGGCCCACUCAAGCUGAGCAUGAGUAUGUUUGCCUCUGUCUCUCUGUCUCCUCUGCUUGAAAAUACAGGUUGGGUGAAUGUGACAGAUCAUGAAGAAUUGGCCAUUGAGACCUAACUUGUCAUAUUUCCAGCUUUUUUUUUUUUUUUUGGUACCUGAAAUAAAGGAUGUGUUCCUCUCAUUCUUGUACCAUUGUGCAGGUGACAGAUCUGUUGGUGGGGUCUGUGCUUUGUUCAGAAAGCCAAUAAAACUCAUUUGAAAGCAA